UUUACCGAGUCACCGAAAUCAGCUUAGACCAAGCCGGUUACUCCGGUUCAUUAUAUAUAACCGACCUCUCUCAUCUCGAAGUUUUAGAUAUGUCCUAUAACUCACUCUCCGGUUUAAUCCCACAUUCACUCUCAAACCUAACUCGUUUACGUCGACUCAGUCUUUCAAAAAACUCAUUCACAGGUAAAAUCCCUUCUUCCAUUGGUUCUCUUUUACGUCUUGAAGAACUUUUUCUUGAUAACAAUAAUAAUCUCACCGGUUCAAUCCCACGAAGUUUCAACGGCUUAGUCAAUUUAAACCGGCUUGAGCUUCAACAUAACAAUAUUACUGGAGAUUUACCUGUUCUCUAUCAGCUCAGAAACCUUUUCUUCUUAGACUUAAGUGAUAACAGAAUCACAGGAAACUUCUUAACGUCACGUUUCUCCAAGUCCAUUAUUGAACUCUCACUACGUAACAAUUAUUUAAACGGCGAGUUCCCGUUAAAUGUAGGAGAGUUAAAGUUUCUACAAGUUUUAGAUCUGAGUCAUAAUUUAUUAUCUGGGAUUAUACCGUCGGUGUUAUUUUACCACUCAUCUCUUCAACAACUUACACUUUCUUACAACAAUUUCACGUUAUUGCAAAUGCCAGAAGAUUUAAGGCAUCGAAAUAAUAAGCUUAUAGCUAUUGAUCUGAGUUAUAAUAAUUUGCAUGGCUUCUUGCCGGCUUUCAUGGCGUCAAUGCCGAAGUUGUCGGCUCUGAAUUUGGAACAUAACAAUUUUUCCGGCAUGAUACCGAAACAGUAUGCAGUCAAAGUUGUUGUCCCGAGGAACAAUACGUCGUCGUUUGAGAGAUUGUUGUUGGGCGGGAAUUACUUGUUUGGGCCUAUUCCUGGGCCUCUUUUGGGCCUAAAACCGGGUUCUGUUAAUAUUAGCUUAGUGGAUAAUUGUUUAUAUAUAUGUCCGAAUACGCUAUAUAUUUGUCAUGGUGGGAAUCAGAAAUCUUUCUUGGAUUGUAAGAAGUUUCGACCUAUGAUUCCUUAAGGUUGUUGAUGUACCAGAUGAGGGAGACCAAAAUCCGGCAUAGCUUUUGUGAGCAAAAUGUGAAACUCGAACCUACGACCCUGGUGUUGUAGGUGGGGGGUGCUGACCAUCUGAGCAAUCCCUCUUAUCAUCAAAAGCACGGACAUUGACUAUUAAUUAAUCAUUUUGUUUUUUGGUCCUUCUACGUACCGGCUCCGCCAUAUUUUUUAAAAUGCCUCCAAAUAAAUAUUAGGAAUAUUUCGCAAGUUCUUUUCAUAGUUUGGCCCUUUUGGGAAACCAUUAUGCUCUAAGUUUCUUGAAUUCUCUACGAUGUAAUAGUUUUAACUAGUUAU